AUGUGGCAUAGACCAGUUCCUUAUUUUUAUUAUUCUAAUAGUGGAUAUCUUUUACCAUUUGUUUCUCCAAUUCAUGUACCUAAAACUACCCAAAAUUUUGAAAGUCCUAGAAUAUCACCUGGUAUUGCGUUUCUUCAACAACCCCAAAGAUUUGAGUUUGAUGAAAAAGGAAAAGAUUUAACAAAUUUAUCAGAAUUGGAGGUUGAUCCUAAUGAAGUUCUCCAAACAUUGUAUAAUGAGGCACGUUCUUUACCAAGAUUUCAAGGAAAAGAAAAACAAAAUCAGGUUAAAAUUAAGGCUCCUGAAGUUCCAACAGUUGAAGAUAAACAGAUAAAAAAUGAAGAAAUUUUAAAAGUUAUUGAUGAGUAUAAUACAUUUAAACUUCAUAAAAAAAAACAAAAAAUUUAUGAAAAUUUAGUAUCUGAUCCAACAUUAGCUGCUAUGUUGUAUAGUAUUCCAACACCAACAAUUGAAGAUUCAUUUUUUCCUCCAUCUUGUAAAAAUAUAACAGAAUUGUUAAAUGGUAAAAAUCGAAUAUUUAUUAAUAAUCAACAAUAUAAUGGAAAAUUAAAUAAUAAUAAUAGAGAAUUUUUUUCAAAGACAAAUGGAUAUGGUAAAAAUUAUUAUGAUAAUGAUAUUUUUGGUAGAGAUAAAGAUUUUAGUUAUCAGGAAGAUUUAAUGAGAUCCAGCCGUUCAGAUAGUAUUGAAAAACCAUUCUGGAAUACAAUGGAUCGUCCUGGAUCACCUAUAAGAAAAUUGGUAACAACAAGAUUUCAAAUGCCAAGGAAAAAUAUUCAAACAAAUUUUUUAGAAGCUGAAUAUCUUAAUACUAUAUCACCAUCUUUUAUUUAUUUUAGAGAAAUACAUCAUUCAACAAAAGAUUAUGAAAUAACAAAACCAACAAAAUUAAAAGAUUUAUCUGUAAAUACAAGAAUGUCUAUAGGAUCUCAUGGUUAUGGUGUUACAUUACCUGUUCCUGGUGAUUGUAUAUUAUGGAGAUAUUGUCUUGCACCAUAUAGACCUGAUCAUUUAGUUCGUGCUCGAAUUAUUGAUAGAAAACCUAUGAUAAGAGCAUGUGAAGAUAAAGAUCCAAAUAAUGAAUAUUAUAAAGUAUUUUAUAUUGAUUAUGGUACUACUAAUUGGGUUAAAAAAAGAGUUUGUUAUGAGAUGCCAUCAGAGGAAUGGUUUACUAAACCACCUGAAGCUUUACCUAUAUCAUUAUAUAAUAUAAUGCCAAAAUCAUCUUUAUUUGAUGAUCAAAAUACUAAAUUAGAAUGGCCACAAAAUGUUUGCCUUGCUUUACGUCAUAUUCUUGAAGAAUUUAAAUAUUUUGAAAUACAUAUAAAAAAUUAUCUUCUUAUUAAAAAAAAGAGUGAACAGACUUAUGCUGGUGAUAUUAUAUGUUAUUUACAAAAUCCUAAAACACAUCCUGAAUUUGCUGGAACAGGACAAAAUCUUUCACAAUUAUUAGCUAAUAAAUGUAUUGAUGAUAUUAUUAUAAUAAAUGGAAUUAAUCCUGAUACUGAUAUACCUAGAUAUGAAACACAGUGUCGUUUUGAUAGAAAUACAUUUAAUUUACCUGAUUAUUUAUCACAUAAAUCUAUGAGACUUCAACGUGAUCAAGGACCUAUAAUUCCUGGAGACUCUAAAUUAGGUGCUGAUUCUGUUUCACUACUUCAACAUAAUUCAUUAGAUCCAUAUUUACUUGUAUCAUCAUCAAAUACUACAAAAGGAAUAACUUCUAAUGGAGAUAAGAAAAAUAAUAGAGUACCAUUAAUUGACAUAGAUCCAGAAUUAUGGCCAAGAAAAGGAUUACCAUGGAAAGUAGAGACACUAGAGGAGGAGGGAUUUUUGGUAGAUAAUUAUAUUUAUAUAUCAUAUUGUUGUAGAAAUAUAACACCAGAUUGUUUUAAUUUCUCCUCUCAUAUUAUUAAACAUAAUAGAAUAAAAAAUAUUAUUGAUGGAAAAGAAAGUUAUUCAAAAUAUCAAUUAGAUAUAUUAGAGGCCAAAAAACAUUUAGAUAAUAUUUUAUUAUCUUUUUAUAGUAUACCAGAGAAUAGGAGAAUUUUUUCAUGGGAUUAUGUUAAAAAUAAAUUAAAAGAAAAUGAGGUAGUUAAUUGUAUUGUUGGAAUGUUAGAAAAUUCAGAUGAUGAUAGGUAUAGAUGUCAUCGUGCCCGAAUAUUAGGUGUUAUUGAAAAUUUUGCCAAUGACCUAAAGGGAAUUAAAAAUAAUUCAGAGGAGGAAGAACAUAUAAAAUUUGUUAUUGUUGAAUUAUAUGAUUAUGGUGGUGUUAUGUCAGUUUCAGUUGAUUCAAUUUGCCAGAUUCAUCCUCUUCAUGAAAAUAUUAGCCCUUUUACAUUACGUUGUUCUCUUCAUCUUGAUAGUACAAAAAUUAAAAAUAGAAAAUUCAAGGAAGUUAUUAAAAUUUCACCAAAAUGGUAUAGAGAUAUAAAAAAAGAUAGUGCAAAGAUUGUUUGUUCAUCAAUUCCCAGUAAAGCAAAAGUUAUUCAAUUUCCUUCAAAUGACAACACUUAUACAUUUGAUUAUUUUAUUAAUCCUUGUAUUGAUUCAUUAUGUUAUAAAAUUACUGAUGUUCAGGAGACUUAUUUAACUCGUCAAGACCCAAAUAUAUAA